AUGGCGGACAAACAGUGCCGUGUGAAAGUCUACAUCAAGACUGAUGACCAACAAUGGGACAAUCUAGGCACAGGGCAUAUCUCAUUCACUUACGUGGACCGCCUUGAGGGCAUAUCUCUGAUCAUUAGAUCUGAGUACAAUGGCUCACUGAUCUUGGAGUCUAGGAUAGAUCCAGACAUGCCCUAUCAGAAACAACAAGAGAGGGUAAUUGUUUGGCCUGAAGCUCAGAGCCAUAGUCUAGCGUUAGGUUUCCAGGACACGGCAAGUUGUGAAGAGAUCUGGAAAGAUAUUUGCCGGAUUCAAGGUAAAGACCAAUCCGUCGAAAUCACACAAGACCUCUCGGAUGAAUCAGAAGAGGAACCAUGUGAUGACUUGUCAGAAACAGGUGAAGUUCUUGACCUGCCAAACUGUGAACUCGGUAAACUUGGACAGAUUGCUGACUUAAUUACCUCGGUUCUCAACUCACCUAUGCGUAAGGAAAGGCUGGCUCUGGUCUUGGAAAAUGAAGACUAUAUUAAAAAACUACUGCAGUUGUUCCACACUUGUGAGAACCUAGAAGAUACUGAAAGCUUAUACCAUUUGCAUGAAAUUAUUAAAGGAAUCUUAGUCCUCAACAAGACAUUUCUGUUUGAGAUCCUCUUUUCUGAUGAGUGUAUCAUGGAUGUGGUGGGAUGCCUUGAAUAUGACCCUGGUUUGGCUGAGCCAAGAAGGCAUAGGGAAUUCUUAACCCAACAUGCAAAGUUCAAGGAAGUUAUACCAAUAACAGACUGUAAACUUCGGCAAAAAAUACAUCAGACAUACAGGAUACAGUACAUUCACGACAUCCUUUGGCCUAUAUCACCCAAGUUUGAAGAGAAUUUUCUUGCUACUCUUAAAACUUUUAUUUUUUUUAACAAGGUUGAAAUAGUCAACAUGCUGCAGGAAGAUGACAAGUUUUUGGCUGAAGUUUUGGCACAGUUAAGGGAUAAGACCACAGAUGAUGAUAAACGACGUGAACUGGUAUUUUUUUUCAAGGAAUUCUGUGCAUUUUCUCAGACGUUAGAGCCUCCAAGCAGGGAUGCACUAUUCAAAAUACUGACACAAUUGGGAAUUCUUCCUGCUCUUAAAAUUGUAAUGAGCAUGGAUGAUUUGCAAAUAAGGUCAGCUGCUACUGAUAUAUUUGCUUAUCUAGUAGACUGUAGUCCAUCCAUAAUCCGAGGAUUUAUACUGGAAGAAGCUCAGCAAAAUGAAGAUGGCAAACUUUUCAUUAAUUUAGUAAUUGAACAAAUGAUCUAUGAUACUGACCCUGACCUAGGAGGUGCCGUUAAUUUAAUGGAACUGCUUCGUGCUCUACUUGAUCCAGACAACAUGCUAGUAACACCUAAUAGAUGUGAAAGAAGUGAAUUUCUAAAUUUCUUCUAUAAACAUUGUAUGCAUAACUUCAUAGCACCACUUUUGUCAACUACUUCAGAAGAUAUAUGUAAAGAGGAUAAUAUAGUUGGACCUGACAAAAACAACAAAAAUCACCUCAAUAAUUACAGAACAGCAGAGCUGCUUGCCUUAAUUUUAGAGCUGCUCACAUUUUGUGUGCAACAUCACACAUAUUACAUAAAAAACUAUAUUUUCAGCAAAGACUUGCUAAGAAGAGUUUUGGUCGUGAUGGAUUCAAAGCACACUUUCCUGAUCUUGUGUGCUCUUCGCUUUAUGAGAAGGAUGAUUGGCCUUAAAGAUGAACUUUAUAAUCAUUACAUUAUCAAGGGAAAUCUUUUUGAGCCGGUUGUAAAUGCUCUUCUGGAUAAUGGAACUCGGUACAAUAUGUUGAAUUCAGCUGUUAUUGAGCUGUUUGAAUACAUAAGAGUGGAAAAUAUCAAGUCUCUUGUUGCACAUAUAGUUGAAAAAUUUUAUGAAACACUUAAGUCAAUUGAAUAUGUUCAGACGUUCAAAGGAUUGAAGAUUAAAUAUGAACAAGAGAAAGACUGGCAGAAUCAAAUACAGACGUAUUUGCAUGCUAUACUGUGUAGUGAAGUAUUUUGCAGAGGUGCCAGUGUCUUGGAGGAGAAGGAAGAAAUGAGUGUUGAAGAAAAUACAGAGGAUGGAGAAGCAGUUAUGCCACCAUUGGAAAGUGAUUUUCAAGAUGAUUAUGAUAAAUUUGUGGAGACUAAAAAAGCAAAAGAAAAUGAAGACAAGGUAGAUCUUCCCCCCAAAACAUCUUUUGGUGGCUUCAAAUUUACUUCAUCCGAUUCUGCUGGUGCUGCUAAUGGAGCGAGUAACCCAAACAGUGGUAGCAGGGUUCGCUUAGUGGAUUAUUCAGAUGAUGAAGAAGAUGAAGGUGAAUCACCCCCCCAGGAAAACCACAUCUUAGCUCGUAAAGUCUUAAUGGAAAACCCUCAACAUUACUUAAACCCUACAUUACUAAAAUUCUGUAGACAUCAAAACGUUACUAAAACUCUGUAA